AUGCCUGCGCAGUACAGUACGGUGGAAUACUGGAACCAGCGGUAUGCGGAGUGGGUUUCACAAAGCUGCAGAUAUAAAAGUGUAGAGUUGAUGGGACGUACGACUGAUUCUGUACUGGAUGCCACCCACGUGGCUUCGUACUUUCCUGCCGAAUCGUUCGAUCUUGUCAUCGACAAAGGCUGCCUCGACACCAUGCUGUGCAACAAGAACUUUGAUGAGGCCGUGCCUGCAAUGCUGAAGGGACUACAUACAAUUCUCAGGAAUACGGGUACUUUGGUUAUCGUCUCGGUUGGGUGCCCCGACAACCGCAUGAUGUACAUCGAGGUGGUUGAAUCAGUUAGCUCGUGGAUACUGUUUCAGCCGAGUGGAUUGUGGAAAAUUAGCGUUGUUAAGGUACCUAAACGUCACGUCGAGUACCUCGAAGAGGCGUGUCCAACCGCAGCGCUUCAAAGUUUUGGUAACAUUUCUGGCACAUCCCCUGAAGCGAGAGCCACGUCAGUUGCGAGUUCGUCUAUGAGUGAAGAACGCUUGAACAACUUCAUUUACGUCUGUCGCAAGGUGAUGUGA